GAGGCGGGCUUUGGCCGAGGCCCCGCCCCUCCGCCUUCGCCAGACGCGGCCACAAGGUGCUUCACCUCAGGCAAGCAGAGCCGGGGGAAGGGCGUCCUAGGGCAGAGACCGACGCCAGCGCUGUAGGGAGAAAGGGACGAGCCGCCCUUCCUUGUCAGCCAGGACCGAGACACAGCGGCGCUCCCACUCAACUGCUGUCGACCCCUUGGCCCCCGAGAUGGCAGCUGCCGGCGCCCGAGGCCUCCGGGCCACCUAUCACCGAAUCUUGGAUAAAGUGGAGUUGUUGCUGCCAGAGAAACUGAGGCCACUGUACAACCACCCAGCAGGUCCCAAAACAGUUUUUUUCUGGGCUCCAAUAAUGAAAUGGGGAUUGGUGAUUGCUGGAUUAGCUGACAUGACCAGACCUGCAGAGAAACUCAGCACAGCUCAAUCUACUGUGCUGAUGGCUACAGGGUUUAUUUGGUCAAGGUACUCACUUGUAAUUAUACCAAAAAAUUGGAGUUUGUUCGCUGUUAAUUUUUUUGUGGGGUCAGCAGGAGCUUCUCAGCUGAUUCGUAUUUGGAGAUAUCAGCAAGAACUCAAAGCUAAAGGAAUCAAGUAAGAGAGUUCCUGAUCACCUGAACAAUCCAAAUGUGGACAGAAACAUUGGAACCUAGUUUAUUUGGUUAUUGAUAAGGUGAUGCUAACUGUUCUCAUAACAUUUGAAAAGAAUGGAAAAGAAGUCUAACUGUAAUUAAUAGCUAGCACUUGACUCCACAGAAAAAUAAAGCAAAUUUUUAUUAACAGUCUCUUUA